AUUUCUACAAACUGACUGAUGAUCACUUGGGUUCGGGUGCAUAUGCAAGUGUUCAGACGGGUAUUUCGAUAGCGACUGGUAAAGAGUUUGCGGUUAAAUUAGUGGAUAAACAUGAACAGGGACAUACCAGAUCUCGUAUUAUGCGUGAGGUGGAUACAUUCAACAUGUGUAUCAACCAUCCGAAUAUUGUACAAUUGCAUGAGUGGUUCGAAGAUCAUGAUUACUUCUAUUUGGUAUUCGAGAAGAUGCGUGGCGGACCGUUGCUGAAUCAUAUUCAACAAAAAGGUUUCUUCACCGAACAGGAGGCGAGUAAAGUGACAAGAGACAUUGCGAACGCACUCAAAUAUCUUCACGAUCGAGGU